AUGCAGAUCCUGGUGCCCAUCUUGUUCAUAUGGACCUUGACAAUUGUCGCAGAUCUCCGUCGCUGUGGAGAUCUGUUUGUUCGCCUCAUUCUGGCCACGCCAACCAUUACUUCCAUGAAGGACGCCGUGGUCGAGGGCGAUGGGGAGUGCGAGAUCAUCGUCGGCUUGACGAAAGAAGUUAAGGCCAUGCUGCUGUCAACAUGCGCCCCGUCCAGCUGA